GGCGGGGAGGAUGGUGUGGAGCGGCCCCGGGCCCGCCGCGGGCCGCCGCGAGUGAGCGCAGCGCGGCCGCGGGCGUCUGAAAAGCAGCGAGGCGGCCGGGCCGGGCGCGGGGAGCCGCUGCCGCCUCGCGGGGUGGAGCUGAUCAGAAUAAUGUUUAGCAUCAACCCCCUGGAGAACCUGAAGCUGUAUAUCAGCAGCCGGCCGCCUCUGGUGGUCUUUAUGAUCAGCGUCAGCGCCAUGGCCAUAGCCUUCCUGACCCUGGGCUACUUCUUCAAGAUCAAGGAGAUUAAGUCACCGGAAAUGACAGAGGAUUGGAAUACUUUUCUGCUGCGGUUUAAUGACUUGGACUUGUGUGUAUCGGAAAAUGAAACAUUAAAGCAUCUCUCAAACGACAGCACAGCCUCGGAGAGCACAGUGACCAGCGGGCAGGCCAGAGUGUCCACCCAGUCCCCACAGGCCCUGGAGGACUCGGGCCCAGUUAACAUCUCAGUUGCAAUCACCUUGACCCUGGACCCCCUCAAGCCCUUUGGAGGCUUCUCCCGCAAUGUCACCCAUCUGUAUUCGACCAUUUUGGGACAUCAGAUUGGACUUUCAGGCAGGGAAGCCCACGAGGAAAUAAACAUUACCUUUACCCUGCCCACGGCUUGGAGCUCGGACGACUGUGCUCUUCAUGGCCAUUGUGAGCAGGUGGUGUUCACAACCUGCAUGACGCUCACGGCCUCCCCUGAUGUCUUCCCUGUCACUGUACAGCCUCCACACUGCGUCCCUGACACGUACAGCAAUGCCACGCUGUGGUACAAGAUCUUCACGACGGCCCGUGAUGCCAACACGAAAUACGCGCAGGACUACAAUCCUUUCUGGUGUUACAAGGGGGCCAUUGGAAAAGUCUAUCAUGCUUUAAAUCCCAAGCUUACCGUUAUUGUUCCAGAUGAUGACCGUUCAUUAAUAAAUUUGCACCUCAUGCACACCAGUUACUUCCUCUUUGUGAUGGUGAUAACAAUGUUUUGCUAUGCUGUGAUCAAAGGCAGACCCAGCAAACUGCGUCAGAGCAACCCUGAAUUUUGCCCUGAGAAGGUGGCUUUGGCUGAUGCCUAAUCUCACACCUCCCCGUCUUCGGAGAGAGACUGAAAGAACCAUCAUCAUUGCCUGCUGACCCCAGCCAGGGCCUGGCCACUCCACACAUGAUCUUGCAGUGUUGGGUUGUUCCAGCCAAAGACAUUUCAAGUGCCUGUAACUGAUUUGUACAUAUUUAUAAAAAUCUAUUCAGAAAUUGGUCCAAUGAUGCACGUGCUUUGCACUGGGUGCACCAGAAUCCUUUGCCUCACCCAGGACCUGUGGGCUUAGGAGAUUUCUGCGUCGCACUAGAGGGGACUCGAGGAUCUCACAUCACGGAGCAGGUCAAGUUUCCAUCAGGGGCGCAGUGUGCCUCCUCGAUGGUGGGGCUGGGGUUGCUUCUGUUCCUGUUUCAGCCCGAUACGUGCAAGAUGUUUGAAACAGUCUGCACCUUCGAUAUGAUAUUGCAUUUCCAAAGCCACCAAUCCAUUUUGUGGAUUUUAUGUGUCUGUGGCUUAAUAAUCAUAGUAACAACAAUACCCUUUUCCUCAUUUUGCUUGCAAGGAAACAUACCUAAGUGUUUAGGUUUUGUUUUUUUUUUUUAAAGAAAAAAUAGUCACAUUUUAAUACUACUCUAGUUAGAACAGACUUGUGAUUUUCUCCUGAGUAAAAAGUUAAAUAUUUAAAAUUCACCUAGAUGGUAAAGCUCUUAGUUCCGUAUUCCAUGCUGGGGGGAGGAACCCGGUCUCGUUUGAGUUGGCACAGAGUGUUGUUUUUCCUUGUUCUCUGCCCUCUGUUGUGAAAGUUGAAGCUUAGACAUUAGGCCGCUGCUCGCUGCUCGGGGUGGAAUCGCAGUCAGCUGUCUCACUUCCUGGCUGCACAUGGCAGUGCGGAAGGAAAGGUGACAGUGUGGUUUAGUGGUCAUGAAAGGAUUUUUCUUUUUUUGAAAAAGAGAUAAACUUUUUUUAAGAAAAUGUUUUUCCUUUUUUUUUUUUUUUUUUUUUUUGUCUUUUUCCUUUUUAUUGGUACCGGGGAUCGAACUCACGACUGCCUGCUUGCAAGGCAGGCGCUUAUGCCGCUGAGCUAAAUCCCCAGCCCCCUUCCUUUUAUUUUUAUGCAACAAACAUCUUCAAAAGGAAGAUGGGAUGUACUAGAUCUGUAACAUGAUGAAGACAGUGCCUGUAAAAUUGGAAGGAAUGAAAUUUUGACUCGCUGUUUCCUGUGUGUGUGUGUGUGUGUGCACACGCACAUACACAUGUGCACACACGGGCUGCAUUAUCGUGUCUGUUUUGUGGUGCGGGGGCCUGAACUGAGGGCUUUGCACACACGGGGUGAGUGACUCCCACUAAACUGUCCUCCCAGCCCACACUUCACUGUUUAUCAAGGGCGACCAGAGGAAGUUUUCUUAGAAUGUUUUGAUCAUCUAGCUCCUCAGUCCUUUUGUCUCCUAAUUCUCUUUUGUUUUUAAAAACUUGUCCAUUGUCUGUUCCAGUCCUUCCUUGUGAGUUGUUUUGUUGACAGUUCUUUGCCUUAGUGAGUCCUGUCAUUGGGGUGUCAGUUCUCCCACAUAGCGUGAGAGCAGGAGGCCAGUUAAGACCUUGGACACAGCUGUCAGCACGAGCUCUGGAGUCUGCCUGCUCUAAAUUAGAAGGAGUUCCUGCAGUCUAAAAUUUGUUGGCCUGGAACAUUCUACCCUGGGCAUUCUUGAAUUGAAAACAGUUGUGGGCUUUUAUUGAAAAUUGUGAAAAUAAUCACUACAGUAACUUGGUAUGUUAGUAAGCCAUUUUUUCCUCUCAAUACAUUUCAAGUGCAGUAAUCACACUUGUCUAACCAGUUUUCUGUUUCUUACUCUUUUUGGUAUGAUAUGAUUUGCUUACAUGAUGCAUGGCUAACUUUUAGUUUUUCUUUUAGAGACUUUGAAACCCUUAUGAGACAAGGUUCAGAAAGAGAUAUUUGGCUUGGCCUUUAGAAAUGUCAAUAUCCUUAGGACUAUCAGACUUUACAUCAAGCUGCUACUGAAUUAGUAAGGUCCCAGUGAAGUGGAGUUAGAGGGUUAGCUCCUCAUUAGCAGAAUAAUGUAACAAGCAGAAGACAAGUUUAAAAUAAGUCAGUUUCACUGGUUGGUUCAAUCCAGCUCAUUGCAAAUCUUAAUUACCCUUGUUUCAGUGACAAGCAAUGGCUGGAAUGUAGCCAGGGGAGAAACAUGUUAGGUGGGAGAAUGUGCCAAAGUGCCAGGCGGUGUGACCAGUCCUGAGGCCGGGACACACGUCAGAACCCAGCCUUCAGAGAAGCAGGGCAUUCUCCAGUAAGCAGAUCUCGCAGGAACCCAGAGCCAAGCCGCUGUGUGAAGGAAGGCGGGAGCGGGGGGCCACGGCUCUGGGGCCCAGGUGCAGGGUGCCUGUUCCUGCUGGGCCUCAUCUGCAGGCCCAGUCCACGGCUGUGCCUCACGUCACCUCAGGACUGGAGUGUGUUCAGAGGAGGCCAGGCUGCCCCUGGGCGGCCCCACUGCACCCAGGCUCGUCCUCGGGCCCCUUGGACUGGAGGGCCAGUGAAAGGUCGGCGACUUACUAUUAAAACGGUUGUUUCAGAUCAUAUUGAUCUCUUUCCUUUUUCCUUUUGUCCUUUCACUGUAUGACUUGAAUCAGUUUUGAUUCUAUUUGUAAGUUUCUCACAUUGUUAGGAGCCUGCACUUCCUUCGGCGGUGUGCAGGGAUUCAGCAUCCUGGUUUUUCAACCCUCCUGCAGGCACUGUGGGCUUCUGCGGGCCCACGGGCCAUUCCGCUUACCUUGCUGCAUGAUGGUCAGUAGCUGAUCUGUUACGGCAUUCACUCCUUGAUUAAUUUCCGUGUUUGGAAUAUGUGCGUAUGUGCUUUACAGAAUAAAACAUCAGGAUUUA